GAUCCAAACAGAGAUUGUAUAAGCCACAAUACGUUCUACCAGAACUCCACUCAUUGUCUGAGUCUCACCAUUUAUAUCUUAUCCGUCUACUCUACAGUCCUUUCGGGGUUAUUCCUAGUGAUAGCUGUGUGUGGCCCAACAUAUCCCUGGAUCAACAGCAAAUCAAAGUUGAAUCCCAAUGGAGCGAUAAUCCUGGUAUCUGUACUUGCAAAAACUAUCGAGUUAUCGUUUGCUACAGCCUUCGUUGCGUUUCUUGGACAGGCAUUGUCUCGAAGAGCGUUCAAUAAGAAGAAUGGCUGGGGAAUUACGAUAGCGGAGAUGAAUAUGCGGACGUGGAUCAUGCAGCCUGGAGUCCUUUUUACACAUUGGGAGACCGUUUGGUACGCUGGCUGUAGUGUCCUUGGUGUUCUUAGUCUGGUGGCUGCCGUAAUGGCUACUUUGUACACAUCCGCUGCCACUGCUCUGGUACAACCACAACUGAAGUUCAAUAAAUGGGGGCCCCAGGCUUUACAAAAUCCCAUCCUAACAGGUUUUGGGAAUGCGGUCCACGUCGCUAGUCAAUGCAGAACGCCGCAGCUAAACGACCUUGGAGACCCAUCGAAUCCAGCCGACAAUAAUACUUAUUCCAACUCAACUGGUCUCAAACAAGCCCAUCUUAGCUGUCUACAAAUCGAAUACGCCGCCCAGUCUUACCAGAAUUACAUUCAGUAUUUUGGCCUAUGGACUGCACCAGAUUUGAAUGCUACGCAAGACAUGAAGACGCGGCCACGUGGGAUCGCGUUGUGGGAAAACCAAACCGAAGUCACUGGCUCUUGGAUCGAUGUCAAGACAGUUGAGGAAUCCUCCAAAGAAUUCAACCUUGACCGAGUCAUACACCAAGUCCAUUUGGCUAUGCCUCAUGUAGGCGUCAUGUCAGCUGCUGUGAAUGCUAGCAACGGUAUCUUGCAGCCGUCAGAUCUAGACGGGCAGGGGGUCUACUCCCUACGUGCUUCUGUUGUGUCGCCUGUCGUACAUGUCACCUGUGUGAACCUGUAUCGUGAAGACCUGGAACCCAUCAUUUAUGAGUCCUGGGAAACGGGAGAUCCGGAGCAACAAUCCUUAAUCAUCGACAAUUGGAAUGCUGGUAGUUUUGAGACUAUCAGUGGGGGUCUCCAAGCACCAAGCAAUGAGACUAUGAUGGAUGAUCUAUUUGGUUGGAGCGGGAAUGUACAUUCACGCCCCAUAUUUCCGAGGUUUCCCGUCGAGUACAACACCAUCCUGAAUCAUUCCGGAUUGCACGGCAGGGAGCAGAUAUACAUGCUUGGUAGACCCCCUCGAGUCUUGUUUGACAGAGAAACUUAUCUCUUUUGCUCAAUAAAAACGUCUUUGACAGCGAAAUGCGCCACGCGGUAUGUAGCUGAUGGAGUGAAUCGUGGAUCACUUCGAGCGAGUUGUGAGGAAGAAGACCAGGAGAUGCAGUUCGAUAAAAAGCAUCCAGAAGAUGCAGCAAUCCAAGGUGGCACCAAUGCGAGCAAAGACUGGAUAUGGAUGGGCUCGGAAUGGGGCAACGGCGUCAAUCUCAACGACGGGCUGCAUGCUGGUAACGGGAGCAACAUGAGAGUACUGACCCAUUUGGCCCUCAAAGAUUUCCAACUAAACACCAGCAUGCCAAGCCCCAGUGAGGCUUUAGCCGUCAUGGCUAGCUCUACGCUGCUUAUGGGAGUCCGAGAUUCGCCAUUCGACCUCGCGAGUUAUAAUCCAGAAAACUUCAAGAAUGGUACCUACAAGCCAUUUGACACUCUCAUCCAGUCCCAGCUUUACACAUCCGGCGUCCAUUCCGAGAACGCCAAAGCUUUCUACGUGGUCCUGCUCACCGUCUUCACAAUGAACCUGCUUGUAUGCCUGUACUUCAUAUUAGAGAGGGGUUUCAUCACCGACUACACCGAGCCGCCAAACAUGUUCGCGAUAGCAAUGAAUUCGCCGCCGAGCGCAGAAUUGAAUGGGGCAUGUGGUCGGGGUCCUAUCCGGAAGCAAUACAACUCGAACUGGUUCGUC